CACCUCGGAUCAGCUGAUGAGCUGACCCGCUUCGCAGCUACAGUUUACACGAAGCAAAGGUCGUGAACGCAUUCAGUUAAACAACUUUUACAACAACAACAUUACAGGGAUAUCAAGAAGGAUGAGAAAUGAAUCAAUUCCAGUUUUAUUUCCUGGCCGUCUUAUUGACAUCUGUAGAGAUCAAGUUCUACAUAUCCUUGAUACGGCAGGACAUAGAGUUCGUCGUAGAUCAGACCAAACCAAACCCAGGAAUGUCAGCCGGCAGGUUCAGGGAGCUGGAAGCAGUGUUUUCUACCCUGGAGCAGUCAGUUAUGGAAGCAGCAUUGGGGUAGGAAGCAGCAUGAAUUGGUCAGCAGCAUACACUCCUGGGAUUAGAGCUGAGGAGCACUACACUAGUACACAGGAGUUCUCGACCAGUGUCAAGGAUUGUCAAGAGUUCCUCUCCACUCAUCUAGCAGGACCUGUCAUAGAUGCACUUUCAGCACAGGCAGGACAGGUGAGAUAAUCAGCUCAAGCAGGA